CAAACGCUUGGUGUCCAUCCACGGACGGACACCAAGCGUUUUAUUAGAGAGGAUUAGAUUUAUAUACCGCCCUUCCAAAGUGGCUCAGGGCGGUUGGGUUUAUAUCCCACUCUUCCUCCAAGGAGCCCAGAGCAGUGUACUACAUACUUAGGUUUCUCCUCACAACAACCCUGUGAAGUAGGUUAGGCUGAGAGAGAAGUGUCUGGCCCAGAGUCACCCAGCAAAUAUCAUUGCUAAAUGGGGAUUUGAACUCGGGUCUCCCCGGUCCUAGUCCAGCACUCUAACCACUACACCACGCUGGCUCUGGAAUCCUUGUUAGAGGGAACAUUGGUUCCGGACUGCCACGAUGGGAAAGGGGCAAAAGCUGUGCAUGUGUACAACGCUGGUUCGGAUGUCCAGCAUGGUUUCAUAAAAGUCUUUAAUAAUAGCAAUUGAAUGCCAGUUCAAUAUUAGUGUUGGCUUUGCAGAACACAGUGGCCCCACCAAUUACAGCAGUUCCUAAUGUGAAGCAGAGCCUGACGGAAGAACAACUUUGACCUUGUUGGAGGGUUCCUUUUGGAGCACCAGAUGGAAUUGCAAGACCCAGCUUGCCCAGAUCUAAUCAUGGCAGGGAGCAGUGAGGAAUUCUGGGUAAGGAAUGUGCAGAAGAUCCUGGAUGAGGACAUGCUCAGUCCAGAUGUACAGUGUCAGCACUUCAGGCAGUUCUGCUACCAGGAGGUUGAGGGGCCCCGAGAGGUUUGCAGUCAACUCCACCAUCUUUGCCGUCAGUGGCUCAAACCAGAGCAACACACAAAAAACCAGAUCCUGGACCUGGUGAUCCUGGAGCAAUUCCUGGCCAUCUUGCCCCUGGAGAUGAAAAGCUGGGUCAGAGAGUGUGGGCCAGAAACCAGUUCGCAGGCAAUGGCCCUGGCAGAAGUUUUCCUUCUGAGCCAGGCAGAGGACAAGAAGCUGGAAAAACAGCAGGUGCUGGGGCAGUUAGCAGAAGUGACUGCCAAUUUCUCUGAGGCAGAGAAGGCUCUAUCAGUCACAAGGCAGAAGCUGCUGUCCAGGGAGAUCUCUCAGGAGGAUGACAGAAAUGCCGCCUCGCUGGGCUGUGGAAAAACACGGAUGGUGUGUGCAAGAUCGUCUCCAGUGGGCGAUGGAGGAGAAACAGCUUCCAAGCAACCAGACCAGGGUGCUGUGUCCUUUGAGGAGGUGUCUGUGAAUUUCACUGAGGAGGAGUGGGCUGUUCUGGAUCCAGACCAAAGAGCCCUACACAGGGAAGUCAUGGAGGAGACUCAUCAGAAUGUGGCCUCUCUGGCAGGUGACGAGUGGAAGAGCAGGACUGAGGGAGAAGUAUGCAGAGCAUUAGUGGAAAGAGUGGGAUGUACAGAAGGGGGACAGCAGAGAAAGGAGACAGAAGUAAAAGAGGAAAGGAGGAAUGAAUUAUCUGCUCUUCAUGCUCAUGACUGCCAGGAAACCCCAAUCCAAGAGAAAAAAGACAAAAUAAAUGAAUGGAGGAAGCACUUUGGCAAAAUCUUUGGUUGUAAAUCAAUGCUUAAACGUCACUGGAGAAUCAAGAGAGGAAAUACGCCAUUUAAGAACUUUGAGUGUGGAAAGAGGUUCAGUCAGAGCUCAGAUCUUGCAGAGCAUCAAAGAGUUCACACAAGAGAGAACUCAUUUAAAUGUAUGGUGUGUGGAAAGAGCUUCUGUUGGAGCUCAGAGCUUAAGAGACACCAAAGAAUGCACACAGGAGAGAAACCAUUUAAAUGUUUGGAGUGUGGAAAGAGAUUCAGCCAGAGGGAACACCUAGAAGUACACUUAAGAAUUCACACAGGAGAGCAACCAUUUAAAUGCUUACAGUGUGGAAAGAGCUUUUGUCGGAGCUCAAAACUUAGGCAGCAUCAAAGAAUUCACACAGGAGAAAAACCAUGUAAAUGUCUGAAGUGUGGAAAGAGCUUCAGUUGGAGCUCAGAUCUUAAGAGACAUGAAGUUAUUCACACUGGAGAAAAACCAUUUCCAUGUUUGGAGUGUGGGAAGAGCUUCAGUCAGAACUCAGUCCUUAAAAUCCAUCAAAGAAUUCAUACAGGAGAGAAACCAUAUACAUGCGUGGAGUGUGAAAAGAGCUUCAGUCGAAGAUCAGCUCUUACCAAACAUCAAAGAAUCCACACAGGAGAGAAACCAUUUAAAUGCUUGGUGUGUGGUAAGAGCUUCUGUCAGAGUUCAGCACUUACAAGACAUCAAAGAAAUCAUGCAGAAGAGAAACCAUUUAAAUGCUUGGAGUGCGGAAAGAGCUUUUGUUGGAGCUCAAAACUUACGCAACAUCAAAGAAUUCACACAGGUGAUAAACCAUGUAAAUGUCUGGAGUGUGGAAAAAGCUUCAAUUCAAGCUCAGAUCUUAGGCGACAUGAAGUUAUUCACACUGGAGAAAAACCAUUUCCAUGUUUGGAGUGUGGGAAGAGCUUCAGAGAGAACUCAGUCCUUAAAAUCCAUCAAAGAAUUCAUAGAGGAGAGAAACCAUAUACAUGCGUGGAGUGUUUAAGGAGCUUCAGUCAAAGAUCAGCUCUUACCAAACAUCAAAGAAUUCACACAGGAGAUAAACCAUUUAAAUGCUUGGUGUGUGGUAAGAGCUUCUGUCAGAGUUCAGAACUUACAAGACAUCAAAGAAAUCAUGCAGAAGAGAAACCAUUUAAAUGCUUGGAGUGCGGAAAGAGCUUUUGUUGGAGCUCAAAACUUACGCAACAUCAAAGAAUUCACACAGGUGAUAAACCAUGUAAAUGUCUGGAGUGUGGAAAAAGCUUCAAUUCAAGCUCAGAUCUUAGGCGACAUGAAAGAACUCACACAGGAGAGAAACCAUUUACAUGUCUGGAGUGUGGGAAGAGCUUCAGUCAGAACUCAGUCCUCACAAUCCAUCAAAGAAUUCACACAGGAGAGAGACCAUUUCAGUGUUUUGAGUGUGGAAAGAGCUUUAGUCAGAGAGCAGCUCUUACAAAACAUCAAAGAAUUCACACAGGAGAGAAACCGUUUAAAUGUUUUGAUUGUGGAAAGAGCUUUAGUUGUAAAGCAGUGCUUACAAAACAUCAAAGAAUUCACACAGGAGAGAAACCAUUUAAAUACCUUGAGUAUGAAAGCAACUUCUGUCAGAGCUCAGAUCUUACACAACAUGAAAACAUUCAUACUGAAGAGUUUGGCUUCGCUUUGAACCCUGGCCAGAGCCCCCUGACUGUUUCUUUGGCUUCAAAACUCUAUUUCACUGAUUUCUGAGAACCGGGUUGCUUCUCUUUCACACCUGGGAAAUAGCUGUUACUGUGUGGGACACUAGGAUUAAUUAAUACAGAUGGAGGAACUUCUCUGUUGCCUUUGUUUUCCUGCUAGAGCUAUCACCUGUCAAGGUCUGGCCAAAUGCCAGGGAAGUUCACGGCUUGGCUGAAUGCUGUCGACUGAAUGACGUACGUUGUUUUUCAGCAAGGAGUAGACGGCUGGUGACAGGAUUUAUAGUGGAAGCCGAUAGCUCCCAGCUGGCAAUAAUUCACGGCUUAUCAGCCUUCAGCAAGAGGCGUUUGCUCCUUCUAAUAGAUUCUAAUUGCGUUCUGCGUUUAGUGCGCCUGCGUUGUUGUGGUGUCAGUGUUUCAUUGCAUAGUUCUUCUUCCAAUUGGUCUCUCACGCUUUCUGCUGACUCAGGUUGUUGUGCCUGCUCUAAAUCAUUAGUUGGAUCUACUACAGCCGUUUCAUGAACGCUGACAGCCGGGCUCUGCCCCUCAGACACUCCUGACUCGGCUGGAAAGUUGACAGCUUCCCCUUCCUCCUCGCUGUUGGAGAUCGAGGGCGUGACAUCACCAAUCAUGGUUGAAACCAUUUUCUAGGGCUGAGGAUACUUUACUUUACACAUGCAUAGCAGCUCAUGGAAUCUAUUAGAUAAUAUUCUAGUGGUCUUCCUGUGUCUAGACAGCCAGAUAUGCCAGAUUCCCAGUGUAAAAAUGUCUACUUGUUCAUGUUAACUUUUAAAGUAAGGAGAAUGGGACAAACAGUGGAGGGUUUUUUUAGUUCUCUUUCUAGAGAAGGGACUCAGAGGCUUGUAGUCUGACUUCUGUGCCUUGCCAGAAGCCACCUUCCUUUUGUCCUUGACUGGGGACAACUAUAACGCAGAUCAACAUGUUAGAGGAGAGGUCGCCACCCCCCACUUGGCCUGGCACACAGAAUGUGCCGUGGAAUCCUCAGAGAGGGAGGGAGAAACCUCUCUCUCGCCGUGCUGAGGCUCAGCCGCCAUAUGAAAGGCACACUACGAGCCGAGGAUGAAGCGCUGGCGCUCUGUCUCCCUGGUUCCCUUCUAAACUGGCCUGGGGCCCACAGAAAAUAUUGAGGAGGAAGGGAGGAGAGAAGAUAAACACAAAACUCAAUUGGCUCAGAUAUUAGAGUGGAGAAAACGGAGCUCAAAAUAGUAGCACCUGCUUGGAGCGAGGCAGGGCGAAGAACCAGAUUAGGAAAUAUGACUGUUGCUGGUGUAUAUCUUAUGUUUCUUUUUAGAUUGUGAGCCCUUUAGGGACAGGGAUCCAUCUUAUUUAUUUAUUAUUUCUCUGUAUAAACUGCCCUUAGCCAUUUUUGGAAGGGCAGUAUAGAAAUCAAAUAAGUAAGUAAGUAUGAAAGAAUGCCUAUGGUAUUUUUGAACUAAUUUCCCCCCUUGUUCCAUCUGGAUCAUUAUUUGCCUAUAAACUCUGUUCCUGUUAUUGUAAUAAAGCAGACAUUUUGCUUUUUCAUGCUAAAA